ACAAAUUUGUUCAACCAUGGAUUAUAAGAAGGACAAACCAAUUAGUUUUAUGCUUGUAUUUGUUCUCAUCCAAUGCCUGUUUCUCAAGAACCAUUUGUCCAUUGGAGCUGGUGAUACCAUCUCAGUGAACCAUUCACUCUCUGGAGACCAAAAUAUUAUCUCCGCAAGUGGAAUCUUUGUACUGGGACUCUUUACACCAGGUAAUUCUUCAAACUACUACUUAGGCAUGUGGUAUAAAGAAGUUGCACAAACCAUUGUUUGGGUGGCUAAUAGAGAAAAACCUGUCAUGGAUAGAUUUUCUUCAGAAGUAAGAAUCUCUAAUGGCAAUUUAGUUCUCUUCAAUGAGUCCAAACUCCUAAUUUGGUCCACGAAUGUGAACUCCAGUAGUUCACAUUCAACGGUAGCUGUUCUUUUAGACAAUGGAAACCUUGUUUUAAAAGAUGAAUCUAAUUUGUCAAAACCAAUAUUGUGGGAAAGUUUUGAUUAUCUAACUGAUACGUGGCUACCGGGGAGUAAACUCGGAUACAACAAAGAGCACCAUCAUAAGAACUUUAUCACUUCAUGGAAGAAUUUAGAGGAUCCGUCCCCGGGUCUGUUCUCCUUUGAGCUAGUCCCAAGUGAGAACUCUUCUGUGAUCAUGUGGAAUAAGUCUAGGAUCCACUGGAGCGGUGGAGCUUGGGUCGAAAGCUAUAAAUCUUUUAGCUUAAUCCCUGAGAUGAAGCUUAGUUCUUACUACAACUUCACCUUUGUUUCAAAUGAUAAGGAGAUCUAUUUAACCUAUUCUAUUAUUCCAGACAAAAAGAAAAAUAUAUAUGCACUCAAUAACACCAAUGGAAUAUCUAGAUUUGUGAUGGAUGUUUCGGGCCAAAUAAAGGAAAUGAUAUUAAUGCCUAAUAAUGUAUGGGAUUUGUAUUGGACUCAACCGAGAGAAAAAUGCAAAGCCGAGGCCUUUUGUGGGGCAUAUGGAAGCUGCAAUGAGAAGUCCACACCCUCAUGUAAUUGUCUGAAUGGGUUUGAACCCAAGUCGCGGCGUGAUUGGGAUUUGAAGGACUACUCUGGCGGUUGCAUCAGAAAAACCAAGCUUCAGUGUGGGAACAAUGCUAGUGCAGAUGGCGAGAGAGACAGAUUUGCAGAUAUUCCAAGCAUGUUGUUGCCUGAAAAUAAACAAUCAAAGUACGUAGAGAAUAUUGAAGCAUGUGAAUCAAUCUGCUUCAACAAUUGUUCUUGUACUGCUUAUUCUUAUGACAACACUGGAUGUUCCAUUUGGAGCGGAGAUCUCUUAGAUUUGCAACAGCUCGAAGCAGGUGAUGGAAAGGGAAGAAGUAUCUACAUCCGUUUAGCCGCUUCUGAGUUUCAAAGUACUAAACACGGAAAGGGACCAAUCACUGGUGUUGUAGUUGGAUCAGUUGUUGCCUCAAUAGUCGUAGUACUAGUCCUCAUUUCGUUUUUAGUACUAAGGAGAAAGAAGAUGGAUUGGAGAGGAAAAGGAAUGGAGGGCUCGUUGAUGGCAUUUGGAUUCAGAGAUUUGCAAAACGCGACAAAGAACUUCUCAGAGAAAUUGGGGGGAGGAGGCUUUGGUUCAGUCUUCAAAGGGAUAUUGCCUGACUCUACUAUGAUAGCGGUGAAGAAGCUUGAAGGCGUUGGUCAGGGAGAAAAGCAAUUCCGAGCAGAAGUUAGCACAAUUGGGACAAUCCAACAUGUUAAUCUCGUUCGACUUCGAGGGUUCUGCUCUCAAGGUGCUAAAAAGCUAUUAGUCUAUGAUUUCAUGUCCAAUGGCUCUUUAGCUUCUCAUCUUUUCCAUCAAAACACUUCGAAAGUCUUGGACUGGAAAACAAGGUACCAAAUUGCUCUGGGAACAGCAAGAGGGUUAGUUUAUCUGCACGAGGAGUGUAGAGAUUGCAUCAUACACUGCGAUAUCAAACCCGAAAACGUUCUCUUAGAUGCAGAUUUUUGUCCUAUAGUUGCAGAUUUUGGGUUAGCCAAACUUGUUGGAAGAGAAUUCAGCCGGGUCUUGACAACCAUGAGAGGGACAAGAGGUUAUCUCGCACCGGAGUGGAUCGCAGGAGUGGCAAUAACAUCCAAAGCAGAUGUCUACAGCUUUGGAAUGAUGCUUUUCGAGCUUGUAUCAGGGAGGAGGAACUCAGAGCAAACAGAAGUAGAUGGAAAAUUAAAGUACUUCCCAAGUAUGGCUAUAAGUGCUAUAGUCGAAGGCGGUGAUGUGCUUAACCUAUUAGAUAGAAGGCUGGAAGGUAAUGUAGAUUUAGAAGAGGUUGAAAAAGUCUGUAAAGUUGCUUGUUGGUGCAUACAGGAUAAUGAAGCUCAUAGGCCAUCAAUGAGUCAAGUAGUCCAAAUGCUUGAGGGAAAUAUGGAUGUGUACCUACCUCCAGUUCCACAAUGUGUCCGCAUAUUCCAUGACAAUGAGGAGAACACUCCCUGGGAUUAAUCAAGACAAGAGCACAUCAUCUUUAUUGUUUUAGUCGAAUAUGUGAAACUUGCUUGUUGGUGCAUCCAAGAUGAUGAAGUUCACAGGCCAUCAAUGGGUCAAGUAGUUCAAAUACUUGAGGGUGUCGUUGAUGUGGAGGUGCCUCCAAUUCCGCGAUAUCUUCGUUUCUUGGAUGACAAUGAGGAGAAUGUAAAUUUCUUCACAGACUUAGUGUCAAGAUAAGAGCACCAAAUUUCAAUGUUUACAUCUGAAUAAAAAAGAUCACAUGUCUUCCCCUGUUCAAUUUCGUUUUGUGCUUUGCUUUUUGUUUU